GAUUAGGCGUUGGAAAGACGGGGGAGAGAUGUCCCGGCGCAUGCACGCAGCCGCUAGCGCAUGAAUAUCAUCUCCACUGUGCCACUUCGGAAGUAGGUCACCCUCCGCACGCCGAUUUGUUCGCCGCGUUUCCUGCUUCUCGCUCCGCCGAUCGACACGAGAAGCGUACCGAAUCUAAACCAGCAGCGACGAAAAUCGGAUUAUUAUAGUGCGUGCGUGUGCGCGCUCGCUCGCUUGCGUGUGUGUGUGUGUGUGUGUGUGUGUGUGUGUGUGUGUGUGUGUGUGUGUGUGUGUGUGUGUGUUGCGCGCGCGCGUGUGUGUGUGCGUGCGCGUGCGCAGGGUCUAGUUGGCAAUCGCGACGGGACACGGAAGCUAGACGAUGAACCGCGGCGGUGAUUCCAGGCGGAGAUGAUCGCAUCGGAGCUUCUCUAAAAACACUCGCCCGUGAUUCGGAGCUGCGUGCGCGGACUCCUCCGAGCCUCCGUGAUGGAUUGAUCGACGAUCUGCCUCUUUUGCGCUCGCCUUUUUCUCCCCCCCCCCCCGCCCCCCAUCUCAUCUCAGCACUCCUGCCCCGGCAUGCUGUCACACUGACCGCGGCCAAAGAGUGCGCGUGUGGCCCCACUUGACGUUCCAUGAUGAUUGGUGCUGACCGGCCACUCUGAGUUCCAGCCGCCGUCGUAGAAUCCCGUUGAUGAAGACGAGGGGCGUACUUUCCGCUCCAGGACGAGAUCAUGGUGAAAGCUCAGAGACGCCAGCCAGCGAAAGAUGGGAAGCGAGGCACAGAAAAGGGAGGCGGGCUGAGAAAAGGUAAAGAUGGAACAAAGGACCUGAGGAGAAAGAAGCAGAAGAAGAAAGAGUCACACACAUUUCGGAAGAAGACUUUGGCGGGUCAAGUUCAAGAUGCACUGGAUUGUUGUGUUCUGCUCACCCGUCUGGAGGAGAAAUGUGCCGUGGGUAAGCCGAAGGAUGCGCAGAAAACCUGCAAGCAACCAAGUGUUAAGACCAGUAAGAAACCGCAGUCUUCUCAAAACAGGACCAAAAUUCACAAGUCUCAUCAAAAGUUAAAGAAAUCUACUUGUCAACAACCACUGGAACCAAAAAGUAGCAAAUCUGACACCUUACUGAUGUGGCCCCCGCUUGUUCCGGAGCCUCGCAGGAGAAGAAUGGCUUCUCUCAACGCAGAGGCUGUCAACAGCCUGCUGCUCUAUAGGGCCGAUCCCUUGGCAUCCAGUCUCAUUAAGAAAGAGCAGUCUUUGAAUCAAGCGCCGUCUAAAGGUGAAUGCAGACCCCAUAAAGCCAAAAAGGUUCUUCGGGGAGGGAAAACAGACCUGAAAAAAAGUCGUAAAAAACAAAAACGGCCCACGGCGGAGGCGCCGCCGGUCGACUGGUUGACUUUGUUCGCCCCGACGCCUCGGCGACAGGCGGGCCUCACUGCUGCUACGCUGCUCAAACUCACCGGUUCCCUCUAUGGAAACAAGCGGCAAAAGAAGCAGGAGUCCAAGCCUGCCGGCGAAAGUAAAGCGAAGGCUUUAACUCAGGUUGAGAUUAGUGGUAAACCUUUAAGUGGAGCAACACUGCAGACCAAAAGAAGAACAAAUCCAAAACACAAUGAGCAGCUAAAGCACAUUAAACAGGGUAAAGAGGAUCCAGGCUUUCCGGCCCAGGGAUUCUGUAGUCUUUGUAAGACGGAAGCUGUGGAUCCCGAGUGGAAGUCUAAUGGACAGGAUUGUUUAAAAUCCCCGCUCCACUGCGGCUCGGCACUCGGAUUCUCCUUAAAAACAAUCAAAGAGGAGCAGGAGGAGACAGACGUCUCCUCCUGCUACUGCUGCAGCCAGGAGAGAUGUGUGGAGUACUGUCACAGACUGGCCCUCUUCCUCAAGGACAAGGCCGUCAAGGAACCCGACGACGAAGGUUCACUCUCCGAGGUGUUCUACCACCAUCACCACCACCACCACCAUCACCACCUCCACCACCCGGCAGCCAUAACCAUCACGCCGCACGCGUACGCCUGCUUCCCCAGCUACUGCGUCCACUUCAGCCACCCGGACACCUCGCCGUCCUCCAUGACGCCCCUCACUCUGUGCCCAAAGAGCAGCAAGAGACCCAAACUGCUGCCCAGCUCUGGCCCGCAGCCCUCAGGGAUUUCCCAUCCAGUCUACUGCUGCACCUCUGUGGAAGCGUGCUACGGAGAGCCCUGCAGGAUCAACGGCUAUUCCACCUACAGCAGUGUGAUUCCGGCCAUUUCCAGAGGAGAUUGCGCCAAAUGCACCCGUGGCAUCAACAGAGACGACUACUCAUCAACCCUCAAAGACCACCACAUCCCGUCGUCCGUUCCCAUCUGUCCCAGCCCGAGAAUCCUCACUGGCUGCCCCAUUCCCGCAGUGCCUCCAGCCAGCCAAUCAGUGCCCCUUGUUCAGACGCCUCUGUCUGACCCCAGCCAACCGCAGCCCCCACUGCAGGUGGCCAAGGAGUGUCCGCAGAGCGCCAAGCCUCCCAGCGGGUCUCGGUCUGGCGCCCGCAGCACGGGAAGCAUCAGCUCGCUUGUGUUCCCGCUCAAAAAGGAAAAGAAGCAGAAGUUGGGCUCUGCCGGAGCCAGAGGGCAAGCGCUUGCCAAGCAGCCCAAGAACGGACGUCAAAAAAGCACCAACGGCUGGCGCCCCGUCGGCCUCCCCUUUGAAAAAGAAGUUUUCUCUUUGGGAGAGGAAGCUGUGGUGCCGAGGAAGUGUUUCCAGGGAGUCGAACGGGACGGAGAGCUGAUCCGGGUCAGGGACACAGUUCUGCUGAAGUCCGGGCCGAGGAAAAAGUCUCUUCCUUAUGUGGCAAAGAUCUCAGCACUGUGGGAGGAGCCUGAGACAGGAGAGUUAAUGAUGAGUUUGUUUUGGUACUACCGUCCAGAACACACACAAGGAGGACGCAACCUUCAUGUACAUUGUCAGAAUGAAAUCUUUGCGUCCCGUCACCAAGAUGUGAACAGCGUGGCCUGUAUUGAAGAUAAAUGCUAUGUCCUGACACUGGCACAGUAUUGCCGAUUUUGUGCCUUGGUAAAACGGCGCGGGGAGGGCGUACCCAACAGCGCCGCCUCCCUCCUCGUCCCCGCUGCCGUCGGCCACGCCGCUCCCAGCCACCGCUGCGUGCCAGACGACGUGGACCCAGAGCUCGUCUUUUUCUGUCGCCACGUCUACGACUUUCGCUACGGGCGCCUCCUCAAGAACCUGCAGUAGCGGCGGACAAGCAACGGAACAACACAGGGACAUGAGAUAAGGUGGUUUCAUCCGCCUCGACUUAAAUGAGCUCUCAGCCCCGCUGCCUGCGAAAGGGAGGGCCUGGACGUUUGAGGAUGAAGGAACGUGAGAUUACUUUCUCUUUGAAAUUUCACAAUGAUACGACACACACCUGUGAAGUAAACGUUAAGGUCUGACGCGUUGCAUCGAAGCGAUAAUGGCUGUCCAAAUGGGUUUAAUCAUACACUGCUUCCUGUUUUGAGUGCGCUCUGUGUAGAAUGUUCUCCUGCAGGUCUUAGAAAUGUGCCAUUUGAUGGAUUUGAAGGAGCUUAUACGCGACUAAUGGAAGUAUCUGCCUAUCACUCGCGCACAGGCGCAACAUCAGAGGCCUUUACUUCCAUCAUUGCUUACCGCGAAUGUAGGACUUUCCCCUCAUGCAAUCAUGCAAAGAUCACACUUUAAGAUGGACGGAGUGAGGAUUGCUGCCAUUCAAAUAUCUCUCUGUCAUCAUCUAUAAGAAGUUAAAAAUGUACGCAGUGUCACAUCUGUAUUUUGAAAAAUAGAAGGAAAAAAAAAGACAAAAUCAGACAAGUAUUUUCCUUAAAACACAUCAUGACGUAUUUCUUACUUAGUGUUUGGUGGACAUAUCUGGCAGCCAAUGGAGAAACUCAGAGAAAGUAUGAAUGAUGUAACUAAACCUAAAAUUUGAACAAUGCAUGUAACAAGUCUUAUUAUUUAGUUGUUGACCCGUGUGGUGUUAGUGGGUUGUUAAAAAUUCCAAAUUGUCUAAAAGUGGGCUUUCAGGGUUGUCGUAGCACAGAUACCAAAUGCUAACGUAGCAUAGCUUUAAAAAAAAAAAAAAUCAGGAGCAAGAAAAAUAUCUGUUUCAUACAAAAUUGUCUGAAAUUGGACUUCUAGGGUAUCCUUGGACGACAUGCUAACUUAGCUUAGCACCUGAAACAAACUGAUUCAUAUUUCCUUAACACGCAAAACAACAGCUAUAGAAAGAUUGCAUUACUUUGUUUUUGGCAAUCAAUGGGGAUUCUCGUAAAAAAAUAUCAAUACACAGGGUUCUCGCAGCAACCAAAUGCUAGCUUAGCACUGGAGAAAAAUAAACAAGACCAAAAAACAUUUUUAACACUAAAUGAUCAGAAAAUGGACUUGCAGGGUUUUUACAGUAAACAUGCUAACUUGGCUUACAUGCUUGAACCAAAUCGAACAGCAUAGUGAUCUACUCUACGCAACUGCAAAUUAUUUCCUUAAAACACCACACAGAAAAUAUUCAAGAACAGAAUUCUGACUUUGGAUUUGGCAGACACAUCAGGUACCCAAUGGAGGUGCUCGGUAAAAACACAACACAACAAAUAACAUUAAAUCGUCGAUCAAUCCGAAAGUGGACUAACUCAAAUUUAAAUGCAGACUAGCUCCUAAAAAUACAGCAUACAUUAUUGAACGGAUUUAGACUUCGUGUUCAGUGGACACAUCUCGGCUAAGAGCAAAAAAUGUUUUAAAUAAGCUGUAUUUAAUGAGUGCAUGUUAAUAAAUUACAUUUAAAUUAAUAAAUUUAAAUGGUUGCGCUAUGCUCAAAUCAUCAAUAAAUGUGGGGUUCUAAUGAUAAUACCGUGAUGAUACAUUAACUUCACCUCCGCUUUUAAAACUGAAACUCCUCUUAAAAUGGCAAAUUGAUGACCUUCCUCCUAUAAAAAAUGUACCGGUAAUAAAGUAAAUAUUACGGGACCAAAUAAAAGCAACACAAAUAGAUAUAAUAGUGGCUUGAUUUUGUGGUUUGUGGACUCAUCUGGUGGGUAAUUGAGAUACUUGACUGAUACUAUGACCGAAUGAUAAUAAAUUCAUAAAUGUUUUUAUUGAAAAAGGCAAACGCGGUAGAACGUGAACUGACUGGGUUAUAAUCAAACAGUGAUGAUAUGUUAACUUCACAUCUGUAACUAAAAUUCAACUUCAAAUGGCUGAAAAAUGGUGGACCUGAAAAAUACAUUCUUUCAGAAUUUGUGAGCACAAGGAGCAAAGACCAGAUUUACGACGAAUGUAGAUUCUUGCUGAAAUGAUAGCAAAUCUGAAUGAAUUUACAGAGUUGUGGUGGCACAGCAACAAUACGCUAAUUUGGAUUUGCAUCAAAAACAGAAACCAGGCUCAACAACAGCCCAACAGUACUUUCAAAGAAGCCAUUGAUUAUUAUAUUAAUGUAAGUGUUUUCAUGUGCAGUUAGUUGCCAAAAAAUCUUUGUU